AUGCCAUCUAAUUCUUCGUGGCCCUCGUCUUCGGAUGACGAAGAGGAGAUGUUUUUCGCAAACGCUGUGCUACGGGCGGGGCAGAUUCUUAUUGAAGAGGAAGAGGAAGACGUCUCGUCUGAAAACGUUAUUACCAGACGAAUACGGAUUAACAGAGACCGCCAAGGAGCGCACGAGAAAUUGGUGAACGAUUAUUUUUCGGAUGAACCACUUUACAAUGACGAGAUUUUCAGACGCAGGUUCCGAAUGAGUUGUCGGUUAUUCACACGGAUUGCUAAUGAUUUGGCGGGGCUAGACCCAUUUUUCAUGCAACGACCUGAUGCUCGAAAUUAUGAAGGGUUCACCACGUUACAAAAGUGUACUGCGGCCAUUCGCCAACUGGCGUACGGGACAGUGGCCGACGCUUUGGACGAGUACUUACAAAUGUCGGCAAGAACUACGCGGGAAUGCUUGUAUCGGUUUUUCCAUAAUGUGGUGAAACUGUAUAGCAAAAAAUAUUUGCGUAAACCAAACUCGUAUGAUGUUCAGCAGUUGUACCAAGCUCAUGAAGCACGGCACGGGUUUCCAGGAAUGCUUGGUAGUAUUGAUUAUUUGUGGAUAUGUCAUUCUUUCUUUGGUCUCCCUGGUUCACUCAACGACCUCAACGUGUUAUACCAAUCGGCGAUCUUUACCGAUGUCGUUAAUGGAACCGGUCCGGACACCCGUUUUACAGUUUCUGGGGUUGAGUAUAGACGUGGGUAUUAUCUUGCUGACGGGAUAUAUCCGUCUUGGUCUACAAUUGUAAAGACUAUUCCAUAUCCCGAGGACGAAAAAAGGAAAAAAUUCGCCAAGCGUCAAGAAGUUGCAAGAAAAGACAUCGAACGUGCUUUUGGUGUCUUACAAAAAAAAUGGGCCGUCCUUCAACAACCGGCACGUGCGUUCACACCGAAGAGAUUGCGGCUUUGUAUGUACGCUUGCAUUUUACUCCAUAACAUGAUUAUUGAAGACGAAGGUCGGGCGAUUUGUGAGUAUGAUGAGAAUACAUCUAUCGGGAAUACUGUCCCGGUAGAUCCGCCACAACAGGAUUUAAACUCGUUCUCGCUAACCAACGACUUCACGCAUGCAAACCUUCAACAGGAUUUGGUAGAACAUAUUUGGAACAACGUUAACAUCGGGGACGGUGACGGAGACGGAGACGAAGACGAAGACGAAGACGAGUAG